AUGACCGAUAGGAAUCCCCCACCAAAGAGUGCCAGUGGUCCGAGCCCUAAAUCGGGCUCAAGGCGGAAUUUAUCCUCCGCCCCGGGGAAGGCGGGAGGGAGGAGCAGAUAUGCCACACGAGCUUGCCAGGAGUGCCGUCGACGACGUGCAAAGUGUGACGGUAAUAAGCCGUCGUGCUCUCGAUGUCUUGACCGCCAGUUACCUUGUAUUUAUGCUACGGAUGAUGAUGGCCGGGGAACGGCUCCCAAGACAUAUGUCCGACAGCUACAGGCACGUAUCAACAUUCUGGAGCGGAUACUCUGGCUCCACUCUAUCGAUGUUGAUGCUUCUGCGGCUCAGUUACUGGAACAGAACGUCAUCCCGAAUACCACGUCCUUGACUGCUGGAGGCUCUUCCUCUGCCUUUGACCAGCUCUGUACUGCCUUUGAGGGCACACUUUAUCUAGAUGACUGCCUUAAUUUCGACAGUGAUGGCGAGGCUCGUUACUUCGGUUCGACAAGUGGCCGAACCGCGUUCCAAGGGUGUAAUGAAUCACUGGAGCAUCCUAACCUUGGAAACCAUCUUGAAGCGCCAAAUAUGUACACCCAGGCGCUUUCCAACGAGACUCAGGUCUCCGAAGAGCUCGAAUCCCAUCUGCUUGAACUGUUCUUUGCUUGGCAAAGUCCAUUUUGCCAAGUUGUAGACGAAGCUCUUUUCCGCGACAGCAAGGCAAAUAACGGGAGGUACUUUAGUCCGUUGCUGCUUAACUGUAUAUUGGCUUGUGCAUCCCGCUACUCCGAUCGAGUCGAAGUGCGGUCGGACCCUGAAGAUUCUAAUACAGCUGGUCGUACCUUUCUGGAAAUUUCGGAAGCCCUUCUGUAUUUUGACCUGAAGCGCCCUAAUAUAACCACACUUCAAUCUCUCACCGUGUUGGGAACAGUAUAUGUGGCUUCCGGCUACGAUGCCGCUGGCUGGCUAUCUCAGGGCAUGGCUAAUCGACUGGUACUGGACAUGGGGCUUCAUUUGGAUUCAAACAUACUGAAGAGCCCCAAUCAUAUAACUGAGACCGAAGCUGAACUUCGGAGGCAGAUAUACUGGUCUCUCUAUUGUGACGAUAAGUUGGCUGCUAGCUAUACGGGCCGGGUUUGCACUAUGCUUGAUUUCCAAGGAGUGGUAGGCUUGCCAUCCCUACCUAGUCCAAUCGAUCAGCCUGAUCAACACUCUACUUCGACUCCGGUCAGCCGAACUCUGCUGGUUCACUUCCAAAGAUCUCUCAUUGCCCUCAGCCAGAUAUUAGAAAAGAUUCAUCUUAACCUGUAUGCCCCCAAAAAGCUCGCCCAUGGCGGCCAAAGGCGAAGCUUUUUCGACUCGUGUCUUCUUGCUCUCAAAACCUGGUGUUAUGGUUUGCCACCUGAGCUCAAACCCGUGAGGUCGGGGACACCAAAUAAGUUCCCCCAGGCCUACACGCUAUGCAUGAUCUACAAUACAGCCAUUAUUCUUCUCACAAAGCCAUAUCUCGCAGAUUCAGCAUCACGACGGUCUCCCAGCCCACAACAGCCGGUACAACAACCACUUGAUAGCCUUGCUCAAAAGGCUUCUGCCAUUCAACUUGAGGCUGCAAAGCGGACAGGCUCACUCGGCGAACAAUAUCGGGAGGUGUUUGGUAGUUUCCGGAGGAGCCCCAUAACAGCUACCUACUGCAGUCUUUCUGCUGCUCUGGCACUCCUCAAUCCUCACCCGCAAGGCACGCAGGAUGCAUGCCGCAGCGAUAUUGAUAUGGACAAGGUGAAUUCAUGUCUCAAAACACUCCAGGAGCUGUCUGAAUCGUGGGUACCUGCUGGCAAGUACCAUUGUAGUCUCAUGCGAAUGAUACACGGCCCUGACGCCACGGUGCAACAAGCAUCUCCUGGGAAGGUUAACGCCGCUUCCGACGAGGCAUACGUACCAUCCUGGAGCCAAGCAUAUAACCGGAGCCCGAUUGGUUUACCUGAAGGAGGAUGGGACCAGAUUGGCGCUGGACUUGACUGGUCGAUGUGGACAAACUCAGGCUUGGCGAAUGACUCUUUGACCCCUGGUGAGCAAAUACCUGGGCUGUUGGAUUUGCCGUCGUGGCUGCAUGAGGAGAUGGAUAGCAGUCUUAGUGAUCUAUCAUGGGAGAAUCCUAUGUAA